CUUUGAUGCAGUCAUUUGAAGAUCCAUUUGGAGACACUCCUUUUAAGGCUAUCCCUUCUACUGCCACCGACCCAACUCAACAGCAGAAAGCCAUGGCUCCUUUCCAGGCAACUGCGGACCAUGUGGAAAAUACCCAGUUGCCAGCCUCAAAAGUGGACACAAAUGAUAACUUUGGCUUUGGGGACUCCUUUUCAGCUAUUACAUACCCAGCACCCAGUAUCUCCAAUGUUCAACCUCCUUCGGUAAACUCACAGUUCUUGCCUCAAGAACUGUCAACACCUCCCCUGCAGGAAACUGAUAUUCUGGCAGACAUCCUCCCACCUUCUGUACCUUCUUCUGCUGUUUAUUCUGAGCCAGCAUUUUCAGCCUCAACUGCCCAACCGGCACAACCACGUUCUGACAUGUAUGGAAGCUUUCACCCACAGGCAGGUUCGGUAUCUUCAGUAGCCUCAAACAUGGGCCCACAAACUCCAUUUGGACAAACUGCACAGUUUAGUGGUGGGAGCUACCUCCCGCAGGGAGGUUCUGCUCCUGUGAAUUCAUAUGUGUCUUCUCUACCUCAGAAUCCAACAGGACCUCAACAGGUUAGCAGUGAAAACCUCCUUCCGCAACAAGGUUCUUUGAAUCCUGUGAACACUCAGAUUCCACAGCAUAUGUUACCUGGAACAGCCUCACAUCUUAACGGUGGAAACUUCCUUCCACCAAGUUCUCCAGCCUCAGUGACUUCACAAAUUUCACAUCAUACUACAAUUGGACCAGGUGCACAGCUUAACAAUGGAAACUUCCUUGCACAGCCUAGUUCUGCAACAUCAUUGGCUUUGCAUCCAACAGGACCAUCUGCACAACACAACAAUGAUGUCCUAGGUAACUUCUUUUCACAAACAGGAUCAAAUGCUUCAGUGGUAUCACAGCCAGCUGUUCCAUCUUCAUCAGGACCACUUGCUACAGUUCCUCAAUCAUCUAGACCGAAAUUUGAGCCCAAGUCAACAGUUUGGGCAGAUACAUUGAGUAGGGGACUAGUCAAUUUGAAUAUCUCCGGGCCUAAAAUAAAUCCGUUGGCAGACAUUGGCGUUGAUUUUGAUGCGAUUAAUAGGAAAGAAAAGAGGAUGGAAAAACAACCUGCGGCCACCCCAGUAACAUCUACCGUAACAAUGGGCAAGGCCAUGGGAUCUGGUUCUGGAUUAGGUCGCACUGGUGCUAGCGGUCUUAGACCUCCACCAAAUCCGAUGAUAGGCUCUGGCAUGGGCAUGGGCAUGGGCGUGGGCAUGGGCGUGGGCAUGGGUAUGGGUAUGGGCAUGGGCAUGCGCGGUGGUCCAGGUGUUGGCAUGGGUAUGGGAGGCAGCUAUGGAAAUAUGAAUCCACCAAUGGGCAUGGCAAUGGGGAUGAACAUGGGUAUGAACGUAGGCAUGGGAAUGAAUAUGGGAGGGGCACCAAUGCAACCACAAACUGGGACUCCUGGUUCCAUCAUGCCUGGUGGUUACAACCCCAUGAUGGGUUCUGGUGGCUAUGCUCCACAACAGCCAUAUGGUGGUGGAUACAGAUAAAACCACACUGUUAUGAUAAACUGAAGUUAUAAACACUAUGGAGCUUGUUCUGAGAUGAAACAACUGGCACAGCAAGCUGAUGACUGCAACUAUUAAGGUUGGUGUACUUUUGUGUAUGGUCAAAGAGUUGUAUUUUUGGUUGAUAGAUAAAUUUUCAGAAAGCUAGCGGAUACACGGUGACUUUAACCCCAUUGGUUUACUAUACCUGCUCCACGCUCUUGGGUAAUAGGAGUUGUGUUAGUUCAUUGCUGGUUGAGCUGUUGUGAAAUUUGUAUUAUUGAGAUACCUUUCUUGGUUGCCUAUCUUCUCCGCAUUUAU